AUUAACAUCAAUAUUGCUUCUGCACGAUAGAGGUAUACUAUAUUACAAAGAUGAUGAACAAUUGCUCUUGAAGUGUGUAGCCUGUGCUUUUGUCAGACGCCUUCAUGCCUACAUUAUUACAUAUAUUGCUUCUGCACAAUAGACGUAUGCUACAUUACAAAGAUGAUGAACGGUUGCUCUUGAAGUAUGUAGCCUUUGCUUUUACCAGACACUCCAUACCUACAUUAUUACAUAUCAUGUGAUGGGCAUCUGCAAGCUCCUGCAAGCUCCAACAAGCAUAUGUUUCCCGUGAAUACAGCCUUUGAAAAGGUAAAACGAACAUAUUUCUACUACUAUUGCCCCUCUUGACCAAAAUAUAAUAAUAACCUAUGUAAACACUGUACAUAUAAUUCUGCAACAGUCAGUCUCAACUAUGAAGCCUUUGGGGGAAAAACAAUAUGAAAAGUCACAAACCAGAGUUCUUUACACUUCCUCUGCUCACAGUCCCAUGUUGGGAGCAUUCAACUACCACUCCACAAAAUUGUAUUUCAAUCCAAAAAGGGGAAAGAAGAUAAAUCAAUCUACAUUCAUGCCAAAUCUACAAGCCAUCAUUCUAAGAUGAACCAACUUGGGUUUAUAAUUUUGGGGAGUAAAGAAAAUGUACUUCUAAGCUUGAUUGGGCAUUGGUAUAAAGGUUCCAUAAAAGCCAUAUGGCACCCUAUGAGGCAGAGUAAUUUUUGCAACUAUGUUGCUGGCAAACUUUUUUGCAUUAAUUAGAUUUUAGGAAGCGUUUUUAAUUUAAAAAAUGUUUUUUUUUUUAAAAAAAAUCAGGUGGAGGACAAAAUUUAGGAAACACUCCUCAAAAUCUCUCCUUUAUUUCUUGCCCCACCAAACCAUUGCCUGCUACUCCAAUUGAUUUCGCCAUUAUUUUCUUUCCUCACAGCCGGCCCUGCCCCAUAUGGACAGACGCCUCGUCGAGGCAGUUCUCAAAGGCGACGUUUCAACCUUCCUCUCUCUCGCUCAAGAAGAGGAAGAUAUCAUCAAACAAGUCGUCUCCGGCUCCCUGAACACUGUCUUACACUUAGCAGCGCGGUUUGGGCACUUGGAAUUGGCGUCGGAGAUAGUGAAUCUAAGGCCUGAAUUGGCGUCGGCCGAGAAUGAAAAGCUGGAGACUCCUUUGCAUGAAGCAUGUAGAGAGGGGAGAGUGGAGAUUGUGGCGCUUUUGAUGGAGGUAGAUCCAUGGAUUGCUCCAAAGGUUAACCGGAACGACGAGAGCGUGCUGUUUGUGGGGUGCGAGAGAGGGAAGCUUGAUGUGGUGAAGCAUCUUUUGGUGAACCAUUCAUGGCUGUUGAUGCUGGAAUUGGAUGCUCCCACCAUUUCACUUCAUGCUGCAGCUUCAGGAGGCCAUACAGAUGUAGUUAAGGAGACAAUAAGGGAAAGGCCAGACUUUUCAUGGAAGAAGGGUUCUCAAUGAUGUAGUCCCUUGCACCUAGCUUGGAGCA